GAACACAUUUCAAUAUAAUUUCUCAACCUUCCACAACCAACUUGUCCUUUUGUAAUUUGUGGUUUUCUUUGGAUUUAAGACCCUGGAUCCAUCACUGUCAAACCUAGUGUAAAGGGCAGAGGGUUUAAAUUUGUGCACCAUUCCAAACCUCUUCAGCCUUCCUCCCUCUCAGCUGUCACCAAGAGAGCCAGUAUAGACAGAGGGUUGGAAUAUCAUGGAUGACUUGCUGGGAGCACACAAAUUGUCUGUGAAGAACAGUUGCUCUGAAAGGUGUGAGUUAUAGGUUAGACUGCUAUUCAGAAGCUUUGCUUGAUUAGGCUCCGAGAUAUUUCUGAUAUCUUUAAAUCCGAUAUUAUUAGCUCCUUAACCUGUAUCUGUAUCUCUUCCUUUUGUCUUUUCCCCCACCCUUUCUCUUUUAUCUUUUCCUUUCUGUCUCCCCCUCCUCCUCUCGAUGGAGUCCAUGAUAAAGCAGAUUGUACAAGGCUUAGCAAUGAAUCUGCUUGCUGGUUCAGAUGUCUUUUUCUCCCCUUUGGUUGCCAUUGACUAUUCUCAUGAUGGUGUCAGAUGAGAGCUCACCUGAUCUGAUGCUCUUUAUAUACAGCUGUGAAACAGGAUUUAAAGAUGGUGAUCUCUUCAUGUCCUACAAGAGUAUGUUCCAGGAUGUGCGGGAAGCUGUCGACUGGGUCCACUACAAGGGAUCUUUGAAAGAGAAGACUUUGGAAAACUUAGCAACCUAUGUUGUUAAAGAGCCUAAACUUGCACUGCUGCUGAGCCGAAUGAAUGAAGUUGGCAAAGUAUUUUUGGUGACGAACAGUGAUUACACUUACACCAAUAAAAUCAUGACGUACAUGUUUGACUUUGCACAUGGCCCCGAGCCUGGGACUGCUCACCGACCAUGGCAGUCAUACUUUGACUUGGUUGUAGUGGAUGCUCGGAAACCACUUUUUUUCAGUGAGGGAACAGUUCUGCGACAAGUGGACACGGCAACUGGUCACCUGAAGAUUGGGACACACACAGGACCUCUCCAGCAUGGGAUUGUGUACUCGGGUGGUUCCUCAGAUAUUAUGGGCGACCUGCUGGGGACGAAAGGCAAAGACAUUUUGUAUAUCGGUGAUCACAUCUUUGGUGAUAUUUUGAAAUCGAAGAAGCGACAGGGCUGGAGAACAUUCCUGGUCAUCCCAGAACUAGCACAAGAGCUACAUGUCUGGACUGACAAAAGCAAUUUGUUCGAAGAGUUGCAGAGUCUGGAUGUGUUUCUGGCUGAACUUUACAAGCAUCUAGACAGUAGCAGUAACGAGAGGCCUGACAUCAGUGCCAUUCAGAGAAGGAUCAAGAAAGUCACUCACGAUAUGGAUAUGUGUUACGGAAUGAUGGGGAGCCUUUUCCGCAGUGGUUCCCGUCAGACACUCUUUGCCAGUCAGGUGAUGCGUUAUGCAGAUCUGUAUGCAGCCUCCUUCAUCAAUCUUCUGUACUAUCCCUUCAGUUACCUCUUCCGUGCUGCCCACGUCUUGAUGCCUCAUGAGUCCACUGUGGAGCACAGCCAUGUCGAUAUCCGUGAUGUUGAGUCUCCAAUGGCAACUCGCAACCGCUCAACGAGCUCCAUGGAUAUUAAAGAGACUGAGCACAAACGGCACCAUCUCACCCGAUCAAUUAGUGAAAUAAAACCCCCCAACCUUUUCCCACAAACUCCACAAGAAAUUACACACUGCCAUGAUGAAGAUGAUGACGAAGAGGAGGAGGAGGAGGAGGAGGAGGAGGAGGAAGAAUAACAAGGAAAUGAAUCUCCUUAAUCCUGCCCCAUCCCACAGAAGUGACACGGUUUAAAGUAUGUAAAAUUGAAGAUUAAUGACCUGAUCAGAAUGGAAAGACGAUUGUGAAAUGUUCAGUGGAUUCAAAGGGACAGGGUUUUGUUUUAAACCUGGAAAUUUAUGAAAAGAGCUAAAUACUGAAACUUGUUUUCCAGUUUUCUUUUAAGUAAUUUGACAAUGUGCAAAUGAAUUUUAAUCGCAAGUCAGAAGUUUGCAUUGAAUGCAGGAAAUGAUGGACUUUGAAGACUGAGUUGAAUAGAUUCACACCUGUGAUGAUUUCAUUGGAUGUUUCACUAAAGAUGAUAGUUGUUUGAAAGGGAAUUGCAAAAUUGAGCCGGUAAUUUCUCUGUUUUUGACUUAGCACAGCCUGAGAUUCUGACAACACCAGCAAGUUGUUUCAAACUCCUCUCAAACUGAGCCCGUCAUGGAUCCGUCCUCUGAUUCCUAUGUGCUUUAUUCUUAUAGAUUUGGGGCUUUGGUCUCACUAUGGAAUUUGAGUUUGUGUAUGAUCAAAGUUGACUAAUGUUUACCUUGGUCCAGAGAAGUUGUAUGUUUCUGCAGCAAUUGGAAAGAUCUGAAAAAUGGGUCCUCAAAGCUGCUUCCGCCAGACACGACUUGACUGGUGGGGAGUGCUUGUACAUCUGGUGAAUCUUCUGUGCAAAGCAGCAAACGUUGGGAAUCCCACAAAUGUGUAUUUUUUUUUGUUGGGGGCUGGGUGGCGGGGGUGCAGUGCAAUGCGUUGAAAUAAGUUAUGUGGAAUCACUGCACAAGUUGCAGUGUGUAAUUUUUAUAAUUUUCUUGUUCACCUCCCACUUGGACCUUUUGAGGCUCCAAGGAACCAGAGUUCAGUUUUCCUUUUCAGGGUCAUUGCGUUCCCACAGUGGCUUGGUUUAGAUCCAAAUCCAAUCAGAUGCAGAAAUGACAAUUUUGGUUAGAGAUGAUGUGGGAAAUUUAUAAGCUUUCAUUGGGAUCAUGUAAAUGGAGUUUUAUUGUGUAUAGGCAUCUAACCUUUCGUUGUAUCUGGCCGAGGAGUAUUGGACAUAACAUUUAGGACAAGCAGCCCGCUUUAUUGGUAUCCCAGUUACCAUCUUAACUGUUUAAUCCUUUUCACCACUGAUGCACAUUGGCAGCAGCAUGUACCGUCCUCAAGAUGCCCUGGAGCAACUUGCGGGCUGCCAGAAGGACGAGGGAGAGAAAAUAUACAGGACAGUGACCUGCACAAUCUUCUCCAUUUGCAUGCCAUUCAUAUUUGGAAAUAUAUUUUCAUUUCUUUGUCAUUGUUGGGUCAAAAUCCUGUAACUUUCUGUUUAACACCACUGUGCGAAUACUUUAACCAAGCCAACUGCAGUGAAUCUUGGUCACCACCACUUGAGGGGAAUAAAUGCUGGCACCACCUACAAUUUCUUGAUGAUACUCAAAAUAAUAAAAAAAAAAAAGCUGGUAUGAAAGAGUGAACUCUCACCAUUUAUAUUGGGUGUAUUCAAAAUG